AUGCACUCGGGCAAACGGGGACUGGUGGCACCUCAAAACACUUUCCUGGAAAACAUUGUCCGUCGCUCCAGCGAGACUAGUUUCAUUUUGGGAAAUGCACAGAUCGUGGAGUGGCCAGUUGUUUACAGCAAUGAUGGCUUCUGCAAACUGUCUGGGUACCACCGAGCCGAGGUCAUGCACAAGAGCAGCACAUGCAAUUUCAUGUAUGGUGACUUGACUGAUAGUACGACUAUUGACAAAAUCAGGGAGACUUUUGACAAUUAUGAGUCCAACUUCUACGAGGUUCUGCUUUACUCUAAAAACAGGACUCCAAUAUGGCUUUACAUGCAGAUCGCCCCAAUCCGAAAUGAAAACGACAAAGUUGUGCUUUUCCUCUGCACCUUCAGGGACAUUACUCUCUUUAAACAACCAGUCGAGGAUGACUCCACAAAAGGAUGGACAAAGUUUGCCAGGCUGACCCGAGCUAUAGCCAGCAAUCGAAAUGCGGUGCAGCAGCUCACGCCCAUAAGCAAAGCAGAAGUCAACCACAAACCAUCUCGACUAGCCGAGGUACUGCAGCUGGGAUCAGAUAUUCUUCCUCAGUACAAACAGGAAGCCCCCAAGACCCCGCCCCACAUCAUCCUGCACUACUGCACCUUUAAGACCACUUGGGACUGGGUCAUUCUCAUCCUCACCUUCUACACUGCCAUCAUGGUCCCAUACAACGUCUCCUUCAAAACCAAGCAGAACAACAUUGCCUGGCUGGUGGUGGACAGUGUGGUGGAUGUGAUUUUCCUGGUGGACAUCGUGCUAAACUUCCACACCACCUUUGUGGGUCCGGCCGGAGAGGUCAUCUCUGAUGCCAAACUGAUACGAAUGAAUUACCUCAAGACCUGGUUUGUUAUUGACCUGCUGUCCUGUCUGCCCUACGAUAUCAUCAACGCCUUUGAGCACGUGGAUGAUGGUCUGAGCAGCCUCUUCAGCUCCCUAAAGGUUGUCCGCCUGCUGCGUUUGGGUCGUGUCGCCCGUAAACUGGACCACUAUCUUGAGUACGGCGCGGCGGUCCUGGUCCUCCUGGUGUGUGUCUUCGGUCUGGUGGCCCAUUGGCUCGCCUGCAUUUGGUACAGCAUCGGAGACUAUGAGAUCAUUAACGAAGCCAACAACAACAUCAAAAAGGACAGCUGGCUCUUUCAACUGGCUGAGAGCAUCGGAGCCCCGUACCGCUACAACAUCACCGGGACAGGGAGAUGGGAGGGUGGGCCCAAUAAGCACACGCUCUAUGUGUCCUCUCUGUACUUCACUAUGACCAGCCUCACCACCAUCGGGUUUGGGAACAUUGCGCCGACCACCGAUGGAGAGAAGAUCUUUUCAGUGGCGAUGAUGAUGGUUGGAUCUCUUCUCUAUGCAACCAUCUUUGGAAACGUCACCACAAUUUUCCAGCAAAUGUACACGAACACAAACCGCUACCACGAGAUGCUCAACAACGUGCGGGACUUCCUCAAACUCUACCAGGUCCCUGAGGGUCUGAGUGAGAGAGUCAUGGACUUCAUUGUGUCCACAUGGGCCAUGUCUAAAGGCAUUGAUGCAGAAAAGGUCCUCUCCAUCUGCCCCAAAGACAUGCGGGCUGACAUCUGUGUGCACCUGAAUAGACAGGUGUUCAAUGACCAUGCUGCGUUUCGAUUGGCCAGUGACAGCUGCCUGCGCUCUCUGGCUGUGGAGUUCACCACCACACACUGUGCUCCAGGGGACCUCAUCUUCCAUAUCGGUGAGAGCGUGGACACCCUCUGCUUUGUGGUGUCGGGGUCACUCGAGGUCAUUCAGGACGAUGAGGUCAUUGCAAUACUCGGUAAGGGGGAUGUCUUUGGAGAUGUGUUUUGGAAGGAGAGCACUCUGGCCCGAGCUUGUGCCAAUGUCCGCGCCCUGACCUACUGUGACCUCCACGUGAUCAAAAGAGAUGCACUGCUCCGAGUCCUGGAUUUCUACACCGCCUUUGCCAACUCCUUCUCCCGCAACCUCCUCCUCACCUGUAACCUGCGCAAACGGGUCAUCUUCAGAAAGAUUGCAGACGUGAAACGGGAGGAGGAGCGUCAGAGGACCGAGGUGGCGCUCACCAUCCCCGACGACCACCCUGUGCGGAAACUGUUCCAGAGGUUCAGGCAGCAGCGGGACAGCCAGACCUUGGACGGACAUACCCUCAUCGAGUCUUACUCUGAGCACAACUGUGUCCAAGUGGAGCCACAUCACCAUGACAACACUGACAACAGUAGUACCACGACCCAGGGCUCUCCGGCAGCAGCCCCAAGAGAAGCACAGGGUCAGGACAGCGCAGCUAAGCCCCCUGCAGAGGGUCCCGGAGCCCAGAGCCCUGCCCCAGGACCAGAGGGAGCAGUGUCACUGCGAGGGGGUGCCAGAGGGUGGGCCAAGUUUAAGAGUGCCCCUUCAGCGCCCCCUCCUGCACAGAAACAGUCUGAGCCUAAGCCAGAGCAGACUGCACCCACUACCAAGACCCAGGACCCAGAGGGCAGUGGGGACACGGGGGGUGCAGAGGGUCUCAGUGUUGUGGAGGAAACCAGUGCACUGCACAAAACAGACUCCUGUGACAGCGGCAUCACUAAGAGUGACCUGCGCAUUGACCGAGUGGGCGAUUCCCGGAGCUCCUUUGAGCGCAGCCCCAUCGAGCGCAGUCCAAUGGAGCACAGCCAACUGCAGAGCUCUCUGCAGGAGGCCAAAGCUGAGCUGAAGGGGGACAUCCAGAGGCUGAGCGGCUGCAUGUCUGUGCUGGAGAUGCAGGUGGGGCAGAUCCUGCGGCUCCUGUCAGGAGGCAGACGCUUGUCGCUGCCCCCCACAUCCUCCCCCCGACCCAGAGCAAAGACCCAGGACUCUGUCACCUCACCUGAAUGCCCUAAGAAAGACAAUGGGCUGAUCUGAUAUCAACAGUAACUGACUGUGAAAAUGAAGUGCACUAGAUGCAUGAAAAACUGAUCGCUGCAUGCUGUGAUGCCCUUUGUGUUCGCAGAAUAUCCCUGUAAAUGUUUACUGAAGAGGUUUAAGGAAACUAAUGUUUAUUCUUUCAUUACACCUUAUUAAAUAAUAUGAGUCUGUGAAUAACUCUGGAAUGGACAAGAAGAGUUGGAACAAUAUCAAUGCAGUGAAUAGAUUGUCAUUUUUUGACUGGCACUGAUAUGAACAUGGUACAGACGAAUAUAUUUAUUUGGGUCACUUUUUGUAAGCAGAACCUUUGUUAUCUAUAUUUUGAUAAAGUUGCAAAGAAAGCACCCCUUUAAACCUCAAAGAAUAAUUUUGUGUUGUAUCAUUAAAACUCUCAGAGGAGUGGUGCUGCUGGGACCGGGCAGGUUUGAUGUGCCUUAUCAAAGCAGCGGGUGGAGGUACAAUUAAAUAGAUAUUAUUACAGUAAUGACAUUGUAUUUUCAGUUUUAUUUAUUAUUUAUUGUUUUAUUUAUUAUUAUAUUUAUUCA